AUGGGUUACAUGGAUGGAGAACUUGCAAAAAAAUCAGAUCCCAGAGCCUCGAUUCUAAAAAGUGGAGGCACCACAAAGUCUAUGGGUAGCCAAGAAGAAAACAAGGAAGCCCUAAAGAAGGAAAUCACAUUCACAGAUUCUGAUGAGUCCUCGCUGCACAAAACAGAGUCAGAGAGCAAAGCAAAAGACACUGAUCUGGAGAGCGGGAAGAUAGAUAUGGAGGCCAAGGAGAGUGUCAUGGAAAUGCCAGAAACACAGGAAGCCCAAGAAAAGGAGAGUGAGGCCAGCGUACAAAGAGGGAAAGUAAAGAAGACUGGGGCCAAAACCCCCAAAAACACAAAACCUAAAGGAAAGAAGGGUGAGGCUGAGGCACCACAAGGACAAGAAUCUGAAGAAAAAGAGAGUGAGGCCAAAACCCCAAAAGGACCAAAAUCUAAAGGAAAGAAGGGUGAGGCUGGGGCACCACCAGGACAAGAACCUGAAGGAAAAGAGAGUGAGGCCAAAACCCCAAAAGGACCAAAAUCUAAAGGAAAGAAGGGUGAGGCUGGGGCACCACAAGGGCAAGAAUCUGAAGGAAAAGAGAGUGAGGCCAAAACCCCAAAAGGACCAAAAUCUAAAGGAAAGAAGGGAAAGGGCAAAGCUAAAGGAAAGAAAGAACCACCAGUAAAGGGUAAAAAAGCGGAAGCAAAAAAUGACACAGGCAACUAA